UUUGUAUUGAAUGUGGUUUUAUGAUGUAGGAUAUGUGGAUUUUUAGGUUACCAGCGGUGAUGACGGCGAUGGUAACGGUAUGAGCUACUGCUAGAGCUGCUCGAGCUACUACUGCUAGAUGAACUAGAACUACUGCUGGAGCUACUCGAGCUACUUGAGCUGCUAGAGCUGCUCGAACUGCUGGAUGAAUCUUUAUUGUUUAUGAAAUUGAUGAUAAUGUCAUAAACUCUUUGGAAAUCAAAAAUUAUUUUAUCGAUUUCUUUAAUGACUGCAUUUUUCUUUGGAUCAACUGGGGCCUCUGGCUUAGUUAAAGCUUCAGCAGUGUUAUUUCUCAGUCUGCUUCUGUGUAAUUUUCAUUUGGAUCUCCUCCAUCAUUGUCUGAGCUCUGCUCUUAUCCAACAACAUACGUGUAACUCCAUUCUCCACAACAAGCUUAUAAUCCUUAAUUUUCCCUGGCAAAUAAGUCUUCCCCUCAACCAUCUGUCACACCACACCAUCAAUCGUAUCAGUAGUCGCCACCUUCUGCAGAGUCUGGAACACUUCUAUGCCACCCUCUUUCCUCCCCUUCCUCUCUACCUUCUUCUCCCCAUCCUUCUUCUUAUCCUUAACCUUCUUAUCCUUAACCUUCUUAUCCUUAACCUUCUUAUCCUUAACCUUCUUCUCCUUCUCCUUCUUCUCCUUCUUACUCCCCUUACUCUCCUUCUUAUGUACAUACUUAACUGUCUUGACAUACUCAGUUUCUUCUCUAUAUUCCGUUUCUUCCUUAUGUUCCUUCUUUUGCUUACUUUGUUUAGAUUCCUUACUUUUCUUAGUAAAAUCUUGGGACUUCUUAUGUUUCUUGUUUUUCUUACUGGUAGAGCCUGAGCAACCCAUUUAUUAAUAUAA